AGCAGAAGUGUAGUUUGUUUACCGCGUGUGGGAUUUUGUGAUAUGUUGUGAUAGCCUUUGCUGUUGUUAUUGUGAUUGAAAAUGACUAAAAUCAAACCAAAGAAAGUUACUACAGCAAAUCCCGCAGCAGCGUCUAGCCCCCCGCCAGUAGCAAAUCUCAGCACGUUCAAUUUAUGUAAAUUAAUAAAGUUAUUAAACAGAAAAAAAUUAUUGGCCCUCAAAUGGUUUCAGAGAAUAGGCAUGCUGAACAGAGAAACAGCGUGUGAUAAUUGCGGCAGGCCGAUGACACUGGUUCACCGACAAAAUUGCACCGGCUCCAGAGCUGACAAGUAUGAGUGGGAGUGCAAUAAAUGUCGAAUGUGUACCAAGUCCCUAAGAAAUGGCACUGUUUUCCAAUCUAGUAAAUUGUCACUUCAGAAAAUUACGAUUCUGAUGUAUUUUUGGGCACAUGAUUUUCCACCAUGCGUUGCUCAGAGAGAACUUUCGAUUACUGUGCGUACUGUUAAUAAGUGGUAUCUAUUGUGUCAGGAGGCCUGCAUGGAUGCGCUGAUCAGAAAUACUUCUAAGCUUGGAGGAGAAGGACGCAACCUAGAAGUUGUAGAGGGCAAACUUGGGAAGAGGGCAGUAGAUAAUUACAGGACCCCAGCAGAGCACCCUGUCAUUGGCGUUAUUGAUGUUGACAAUGGUAGCUGCUUUUUGCAGGUAGUGAUAGGUAACACAAAAGCUACACUGAUAACUUUACUGAAAGAGAGGAUUGCAAAUGGAACUACACUUCACUCAAAAUGCUGGAGGCUUCGUGAAUGCUAUAGUGACGAUAAAUUCUGUAAAGUUGUCAAGAAUCAUAAACUUACUCUCAGUAAUGAAGUGGGAAACACCUUUCAAAAACUUCAUGCUAAAGUGUGUAAAUCAGGAGAUAAUGUGGGCACAGAAUUGUCAUUUGAUCCAUUAUUGUGCGCUGCCAUUUACAAGAAUGCCAUGAAAAAUGAAGAAUUUUUCUUUGUGAAAUUUCUCGGAGAACUAGGAACCCUAUAUCGUGAUGGAAUUCGAUAUGAGAUGAUGAGCCAGUUGGAGCACACUGAUUCGGUAAGUAAUAACAACAGAUUGCAACUUUUUAAUGGUCAAAAGCUGACAUUAGUAAUUAGUAAGAUACCAAAAUUUCUGUAG